AUGCUGGCUGCCAUGUUUUCCGGGAGAUACGAAAUAGAACGUUGUAAAGACGGCGCUUUCUUCAUCAACCGGGAUGGAACUCACUUCCGGUUUAUACUUAAUUAUCUUCGCAAUGGAGAGUUAAUUUUACCAGAUGGUGCAACAUUUCUCAAAGAGCUCGAAGUUGAAACUAAAUUCUAUCCGAUCCAAGAAAUAUUGGACGACUUAGUGUCUAAAGGCCCGCAGAAUUUCAAAGAAUCAGUAAUUCUGACGAACGAAGAACACCGAAGCGUGCUGAGCGGUUGGUUGCCUCAACAAGACGGCAAAUGGCAGCUUCUGAUGCGAGCUUCUGAAGAAGGCUUUCAAGCUAAAACUUUUCAUCCCUAA